ACACAAUGUGGGUCAGUGCUGUGUCGAACUGUUUGUCCUCAAACGCAGGCCCCUGGUUAGCUCAGUAGCUGGUCGGGUUUAAAGAAGUAUGUACUGUAUUGUACAUGUAUAAUAACAUUUAUUCCUGUUGCAGAUUUUCAGGUUGAUCACAUUUUUUAUGAUCAAGUUUGUUUCUUUUAGUCUUUGGUUACUAGUAGGAAUAAACUAGUGUCCUACCCGUUUCUCGACACCCACAGAAAUUUACGCUUUUCAUGAUCUUAUAAGCAAGCUUUUUUCUCUCUCUAGGUAGAUGUUUAUGACAGUAGAGUAGCUCAGUACAGUAGUUUGCAAAGUAUUUAUUUAUUUUAUAUUGUUUUAUUUAUUUUUCAUUCAUUUAGUAUUUUUUGUCCAUAGAAUUGCAUUGACUUAAUUUUGGAUGUUGCAGACUGAUCUACCUGGGAGAAGUGACAUAGAUGAGGCACAGGCCAGUGGAGGCAGCAGUAUCAAGGAGCAGGAGUCAGUCCAUGAGGAGAUGGUUAUGGCAUUUAGUAAACUUCACCUAGGGAAGUCGGAAAUGGAAGCUCUGAUAUCCACCUUGGAGAUCAGUAGGUUGGAGUUGGAAGCCAAAAGGCGGAAGAAGGCCAGCCUGAGUCAACGAUUAGCAACCCAAGUAAACGAGAGGAAGAAGGAAAUCGAGAGGCUAAUACAGAAGGCUAGGGAGGAAGGAAAGAGGAUCAUGGCCUUGCUAGAGUCUACACUGAGAGCUCUUUGUGAAAAUCAAGAAGAUUUAGAUAAAUUAAACAUGGAAGCAGUGAACAUAAGGGAUAAUGCACACAGAGUCACAGUUAGCUGCCAAUUAAGGUGUGACCUCCGUCGCCAGCUAGAAACUGUGACUCGUAAUGUCAAAGAACUAGAAAACAAGUCUGCCAAGGUCAAUGAAGAAGUAACAAAAGCCAAAGAGAAGAUAAAGACUGCCAUGGAGAGGAUGAAGACUGCCAAGUGUAUGUUGUGUGCAGAUGGGAAAUUACAGUUGAAGGAAGUUUUUGAUGGGUAUGUGGCCUUAGCGGCAAGUAUAACGGACUGCGUCAGCAUCAGUGACGAGUUUCUGAAGGUGAUUGUGCCGGAGAUUGAAGACCUUGAGUGGGAUACUCAACCCAGUGAUGGAUAUCCUGAGGGACCACAUGUUGUGCCUCUAGCACCUACACUUACAUCAGAGGUAGAACCUACACCAACAGUAUGCCAGGUCAUCACAUCAUUUCCCCAUGUUUUGGGAAUUAACGCAACUCGGCCAAGUACGGAUCGGAAACAUCCUACUCUGCUAAACGCUGGCCAGAGUGACCCUACGUCAACCUAUGGCCAGAGUGACCCUACACUAAUCAUUAACCAAAGAGAUCCAGCUCCACCAUCCAAUAGCCAAAGAGACACUGCUGUAUCACCAACCACUGGCCAGAGAGAAUCUUGUCCCAAAGUUGUUUGCCAAAAAGAUCCUUUUUCCACUGUCAAUAGCCAGAGACAUUCCUCAUCCACAGUGUUUGGCCAAGGAAAUCCUUUUACAGCCAUUGACCAGAGACAUUCUACUCAUCCUAUUGUUGGCCACACCUAUGCAAGUGAACCAAGGAUCUUUACGUCACCAACCUGGGAUAACCUAUCUCUUUCACUAGCUAAAUAUGCUGGUGAUGCCCUGGACACUGCUGAUUUUCAGCCACAUACAUGUAAACCAGUGGAUGAUGAUAUGUCUUAUGAAGAUAGUUUCACUUGCUGCCCUGACAAAGGGUUGAUAGAUACUGAGACAGUGAAUGAUGAAUGCCAAGUAACUGAUUCAUUUGACUUAAAUGCACACUUACUUGUCACUACCUCUCAAUCUGUUGUGCCAGAACUGUUACCAUUCACCUCUCUACCAGACACUACUGCAGAUAUAUCUGUUGUAUGUGAACGACCUUUUGUGACUACUGCAUCCAUUCCUUUGCUAAAACCAGAUAGUGUACCACCACUUGUACCAGACCAACAGGAUGAACCAACCAGUGCAGCGGUAUCCUCUUAUCCACAAGGAAAACCGUCCACCACAUCAGUGUCAUCUAUUUUAAAAGAACAUUCUGUUGUUACUGUCCCCUCUGCUGUACAGGAACAACCAGUCAUUACCACAAUGCCUUCUGUAAUGAUGGGAACACCAGUCACCACUCUACCAUCUGUUGUUCAGGAACAUGCUAUAAACACAACUCUUCCAUCUGUUUCACUUGAACAGCCAACAACCACAACUCUACCAUCUAUAUCACCCAAAAUAUCAGCUGCAGCCGUCGAAUCUCCUAUUCCAGUGGAAAAACAAUUCACUGAUGUGGAAUCAACUGUUACCAUAGCACAUUCUGCUUUAGGGAAAGAAAGGACCCACAAAACUGUACCAUUUGGACACGUUGGAGAUGAAGCAACUAGCACUGUACAGUCUUUACCCGAGAAACAAAAGGUGCUGACCAUGGUACCAGUUGAACAUAUAACACGUCUACCUAUGAAGACAACACUGUCUGGAGCUGAUGAACCUCCGGUCAUCACUACAGCACCUUCUAGACAUGUGGAACUCUUACCAGCCAUGAGUGUAAUGUCUGGAACAAAGAAACAACCAACCAUUACCAUGAUACCAACUAGACAAAUGGAACAAACAACCACCAUGACAACAACUUCAAAGAUAAAGGAACAGCCUGAUAUUUCUGAACAAAUGGAACUGACAGCUUAUCUAAAUGGACAACCUAAGUUAAAGAAACAAUCAGUGGUCAGAUCACUAUCACAUGUCAUGAAAGAACAGCCAGGGUGUAUUAGUGUACCGAUUAUUGAACACCAACAUACUGCCUUAUUUGAAUUAGAUGGUUAUCCAAGUAGAAAUAGAAAGACCAUGGUUAAUGUCCAGACACUACUAGAGGACAGCGUGACAGCUGAGCCAACGGACCAAAGCUUCAUUCAGGAUACAACACUAAAUGACCCGCUAGCAAGAGAAACAGACCUGACUAUGAUCAAGGAAGGCAGCUGCACCAACAGAACAAAGCUAACAUCUACCCCAGUAAAACACAAUGAUAGAUCUUGGCAGCAAAAUGUUGAUCAGGUCAUGACCACAGCACAGGUUUCACAGACAACUUCCCCAGAUGACUCUGUAUUUGUUACACUUGAAUCUGAAGCAAUUGUUGCUGAAGGGGAUGCAAAUGUCACACAGGGAACUAAAGCAUAUGCUGAGGGUGAUGGGAAUCUGCCAAAAGAAUCACAAGGUUUCCCUAAAAGUGAAAAUGUUAGGAAAAAUGAAAGAAAGAGAAUUUCUGUGGCAAGCCGGCUUUCUUCUAACCUUUUCAAGUGUCAUCCAUUUGUUGAAUCCAGACCUCAUUCCUUGGGACCAGAAUUUUAUGACAAGAGUUCUGUUAUGUUAAAAUCUGUAUCAAACCUUUCUUGUGGUAGCACUCAAUCUCAGCCAAGUACCUGUAGCACACUUCCUCAGUGUGAACACAAAUAUCUUCCAAAAAUUGUGGAAAUGGAGGCUGAAGAAAUUGAGACAACAGAUUCUCUUGUUGUAAAAUUAAAUGAUAUCAAGUUUCCUCGUCAGGAAGUUCCCAGGACUGAGAUAAACUUACCUGAUUUCUACAACAAAUCCCAGGCAGAAGGAACCUCUUCAGCUCCUUAUGUUGAUUUGAAGGAUCCAGACUUGGCCACGGGAGCAUCAACAUUAAAGAGUCGUAGAGUCAAACUGGGUGACAGGAAGUCCCUCGGCGACAGUUAUCUGUUAUUUCCUUGUGCCCGCAACGCUCAAACCUAUCAUGGGGUCCCGAAGAAACCCCGGAGACCUUACCGUAUCUCACAUGGUAUGAACAAAUUGGUACGUAGUGAGAAAAUCCCAGAGGCACCAACUACAACUACUGAAGAGGUGAGGGUAACACAUCUCCAAUUAGAUAAUGCUGAGGUUCCAGUAUCAAAAAGUGAACAGGACCAAAAUGUAAGGAAGUGAUCAUUAGGAAAUAAUUAAGAAUCUGGACAUACAUAUAUAAGAACCCUAGUCCUGAUUACUCUUUAGUACUGUAUCACCUGAGAAGAAAGUCUACUCUAUAAAAGGGAAAGUUAACUAUAAAUCUUAUAUUUAAUUUGAUGAAAUGAGGGGAAGCUGAGUUGCUGGGAGAUGUUAAUGAGCUGUGUGUAUUGUAUCAUUGUGUUUAGGUGGAGUUUUCUGUUUUUUUUUUUUUUUGUAACGUUAAACCCAUUGAUUUGUGCACCAGGUUAUUAGACUUGCUAUCAAUGUGAUUCUCUAACCCUUAUUCCUUAUAGGUUGAUGCUUAUAUCUUGAGAAUAUACUUACCGGUAAUUUUUUUUUUACUUAUGAAUGAGCUUCUGGAAUCUGUACUUGGAAGAGGCAAAAGGAGUAAAUUUCUUCACACGGAAAUCUCCAGUGUUGUAUAGUAUUUUUGUAUGAGGAUAGUAUACAGUAUUCAUUUAUAUUUUAAAUUUCUUACGUGUCUAUUUUUUUUAUGGGCAAGAGAGUGUUACCAGGCAGUCUUAUUUAGACAUGGACACUCUUACUUGGCGAAUAUGUACAAAAGGAAAUCACUGUUCUCUUCCUGAUAGAACUUGUCAUUGGUUACCGGUUCAUUACAGGUGUCCAUUGAUUUACAAAAAAAGUUAUUUACGAAUGGCUUUUGGGAACUAUAUAAUAUCUUUGCUAUUAUUUCAAUCAGUAGAAAAAGUAUUUUAGUUAUAUUGUGACAUUGAAGCAUGUUUGAUGUCGUUUUUUAGGUUUCACAGCAUACAGUACUUCUUUGUGGACCCUGUGGCUGCUGGUCAGUGGGUCACAGUCUAAAUCACGAGGAUUGGGAACUGUUAGGCAUUAGCACGGGCAACUCUUUCUUACAAGUACUACGGGUAGGCUAAAAACAAAUCCAUUAUGAUGAUUUUUAUUUUAUUUUUUUUUUUUCCCAUAUCCAGCAAUAAGGGAUUUACCAAUUAUGGAAUGGAUAAAAUAUACACUUAGUAGUUACAGUACUUUAAAAUGUUGCCCCAGUAUAGUAAUGAAGUGUAUUUCAGUUGGGAAGAAGUGUUUACAAGGAUACAUCCCAUGAAGUGUGGAUAACAAUAUUGUAGUUUAUGGAAAUUUUUGCAAGUGAGAGUUCAGUAACACACCAUAGGCAGAGUAUUUUAGUUUGUAUUUUCAUUUACAUUUUUUGAGGGAUUUUUUUUUCUUUAGUUUUCAUUAAGCAAAAUCAAAAAUAUUUUAAUUUAAUUGGGUGGUGACUUUUCUUAAUUUGUUAUACAGGAAGUUUAUGAUCAUAAGUAUACUGUAAUAUAUUUUACUACCCAAAAUUAAGGAAAA